AUGUUCACAUGGCAGAAGGGAAAUAUGACCUCGAGCAAGCUGAGAGGUGAAGAAGCAGGCGUGUGUACGCCGGGUUCUGAACAGAGAGGUGAAGUGCAACUCGGAGAAGCGCGUAGAGAUGAAGUAUGUAGGGAUGAAGCUCAAGGCGGGGACUCUCGAUUCGAAGGGGCAUCUAGCCUGGACGAUGGAGACCAAGAUUCCCGAAUGAAGGAUGUGAAAUCCAUGGAGGGGGUCCAGAAAAGAUACGUAAAAAAAAAGAAAAAGAAAAAAUCCAUUUUUUUGCCAUUCUUGAGUGAGCAGUCAUCGAAGAAGGAGUGGCUUGGUGGAAAUGUCAUAUCGAUUUUUGCUUUUUUCCUAGUACUGUAUAUCAUAAGGAAGGGAAUUAACAAUCUUCAGGAGGUGAAGGAAGGCGCAAACUAUGACGGCAGCUAUGGCGCAAACGAUUUUACAAGUAGUGGGAGGAAAGAAGAAUGGGGGUCGUCCUCCGUGAAGCCAUAUUUCAGCAGAAACGGAGAUGCCGAGAAUUUCCCCUUUGAGGAUGACGAAUUUAUUUACGUCCCCAACAGAAAGAGCGACAAUACAAUACGUUUGAAGAAUGUUGCAGGGACAGAAAUUAUAGACAACAACUUUUUAAGCGUGUACUCGGAAAAUAUGAAAUAUUUAAGACAAACAAGUUUGAAUUAUUCCCUUCACCAAAGAGCACUGUCUACGGAGUGUUACGUGUAUUUCAGAAGCUUUUUAAAGCAAGCCAUUUCUCCACACAGCUUAACCAAAGCGAUUAAGAUCGACAAGGAGUAUAUUUACCCAUGGGAUGUCAUUACGCAAGAGGAUGUGGAGAAAAUUAUUGAAAAUGCAAAAUUUUACGGGUUUUUAUUUACCUGGUUUAAAAAUCAUCGAAAGGCCCAGAAGGUAGAUAAGGUGACUUUGAGAAAGGAAAUGCCUGUUUUAUCUCCUCGAUUUGUACAGAGGCCAGAUAUAUACACGCAUUUUUUUAAAAAGAACAAUGUGCAGGAGCCUAAUUUUUAUGGCAUUCACUACACGUGGUUGGGUCAUGCUACCGGGUUGGUUGUGGUUGAUGGGUUCAAAAUAUUAGUAGAUCCCGUUUUUAAAAUUGAGUUAUUAAGUUUGAAGGGAUUAACCAGAUCUCUAAUCAAUUGGGUAAAUGUAAAGGUUAUGGGAGGGUUAGGAGAAAGGAUAACGAGGUCUCCAUGUCAUAUAUCGAAUCUGCCUGAUGACCUACAUGCCGUGUUCGUUUCGCAUAACCAUAAUGAUCACAUUAUGGAGGAAGACGUUCGAAUAUUAUGUAAGCUGAAAAAAUUUCAGCAUGUGUUAUGGUAUGUGCCAGAAGGUACAGCAAGUUUUUUUAUGAGUGAAGGUUGUAAAGCAUCAAAAAUUUAUGAGCUAUCGUGGGGUGAUGAAAGAUGGGUGUCUUGCUGGAUUUCUCACAAACAAUUUCAAUGUAGGGAUGGUAUUUGGAAUAGUAAAAAUGCAGAAAAGCAAGUGUUUAAGUAUAAGAUAAUUUAUGCUCCUACUUUGCAUUGGUCAGGUAGGAAAGAUAAUCUGAGUGAUCUUAAUCACUCUUUGUGGGGGUCUUUAAUAUUGAAGGGUCCAAAGCAUCGAUUUUAUUUCUCUGGGGAUACAGCCUACUUGAAAGACAAUUUUGAAGAGUUUAAAAAAAUAGGACGGCUACAUGGUCCGUUCCACUUAGCCGCAAUUGCUAUUGGAGCGUAUGAACCGAAUAACUCAUUGAAAUAUCAUCAUGUGCAUCCUUGGGAAUCAGUAAAGAUAUGGAGAGACCUAAAGGCAGAAAUGGCCAUUGGAGUUCAUUGGGGGACUUUUCGAUUAUCAGCUGAAGAGUUUAUGCAACCGAGGGAUGAGUUAGAAGCAGCUUUGUUGGGAAUUGGAAUACACACUUUACGUAAUUCAAUCUUACCUUUCGAGAAAAGAAAAAUGGAAAUCAUCAAAAAGUUUGCCAUUAAGACUGACGAUGAGGAAGAAAACGAAACAGAUGACUUGGAGGAAUUGAAGGAGUACUUUUAUCCCCCCACAGAUGAAAAUGCACAUGAGUACACAGAUAGCUUCCAUUCACUUUUCUCAAAAAACAUGAAUCUCUUUUAUAGUGAUAUAGAUAAAAAUUAUGUCAAGCAUAUGUACCAGCAGAAGAGGCUCUACGCAUCUACCUACAACAGAUAUAAGAGAGCUCUGCUUUUACGUAAUUCGAAAAAGCUUCCAAAAAGCUGGAAGAAAUUGCUCCUUAAUUUAUCUAUACGUUUUCAAACCAUUCCCAUUGGGGGAUCUAUGGAAGUAAUUUCAAAAGAUGAUAACACCAUAUCGAUGACGAGGUCAACUGAAUAUAAUUCCAUGCAGUAUGAGCACUACACCUUUCCCAAGUGGUACAACGAAAACGAGAAGGAGGAGACGCUCAGUCAGAACUCCCAUUCGCUCGAGGACCUGAUGGAUUUCCACAUAGUCAGUUAG